CGGGCCCCGGCCCCACCCACCGCGCGGUGUUGGUGAGGCUUCCCGAGUGGGCAGCCCCGGAGCAGCGCUCGCGGCGCGCCAUGGCUGGGCUGCUGGGGCUGCUUCGCCCGGCGGGAAGAGUGGGCGCCCGGCUACGGCUCCGGGCCCCUUGGCCUCUGGGAGCCACCACCUCCUGUGCUUCUCCGCUCUGGGCCUUGGCCUUGUCCCGCCCAGGGCCGGACACCCGGCUGCUGCACACGGCCCGCAGGGACUGCCUUAGUCGCCAGGAACCCAGCAGAGUCACUGAGCCACGGGGCAGUGCCACCAGCACAGAGAAAACGCUGAGCAAAUCGCAGCAGCUGAAGAAGGUCUUCCGAGAAUACGGGGCUGUGGGCGUGUCGCUGCACAUUGGGAUCUCCCUGGUCUCCCUGGGGAUAUUUUACACAGUCGUUUCCAGUGGUGUAGACAUGUCUGCAAUCCUGCUUAAGCUGGGCUUUAAAGAGUCGCUGGUGCAAUCCAAAAUGGCAGCCGGCACCAGCACAUUCGUGGUGGCCUAUGCCAUCCACAAGCUGUUUGCGCCUGUGCGGAUCAGCAUCACCUUGGUCUCUGUGCCCUUCAUCGUUAGGUACUUCCGCAGAGUGGGCCUCUUUAAACCUCCAGCCGCCAAGCCGUGAUGAAGCCACUGUCUUCUGAACGACAGGACUUUGGGUCAUGGCCAGCUUUCACUGACUUAACAUCAGGAUGCAUUGCAGAAACUAAUUUCAGUGACAGCCAGGUAGCUGAGCAAGAUGCCCCAGUGCAGCAACAGGAGAUACCUUGUGUAGAACAGAUGGGGCCUCUCCACUGCCCUGUGUGGACCCCACCCAUCCUCUCCUCCCCUAUUCAGGUACCUAAGUAACACCUCCACAAAGAAAACACAUUGAAAAUAGCAAUAAAAAUACAAACUGUACCUACAGCAUGGUCUUCCAAGCCAAAUCCCAUUCACAUGCCUGUGCCCACAGCCAGAACCAGGGAUGAAUUGAGACUAAAGCACUAUAUAAACAAAUCUAAAGCAGACAUGCUCCUAUGUUAUCCUUAGUGGAACUGGAGCAAGGAAACUAUUUUAAAAUGUAAGCCAUUGUUUGCCUCUAGUUUUCUAAACAGACCAAGUGAACAUCUUAGAUUCUGUGGAACCAAUAAAAAUCUUUGUAAAAUGA